UGGCGCGGCGCGGGCCGCGGGUGUCCUGAGCGCAGCGCCCGCCGGGGGAUGCCAAGACGCGCUGCUGGCCCUGGCCAUGUCGUCGUCCUUCUUCAACCCCAGCUUCGCCUUCAGCUCGCACUUCGACCCCGACGGCGCCCCGCUCAGCGAGCUCUCCUGGUCGUCCUCCCUGUCUGUGGUGGCCGUGUCCUUCUCCGGGCUCUUCACCGUCAUCGCCUUCAUGCUGGCCUGCCUGUGCUGAGUUUGAGAAUGCUGAGGGGGAAGAGUACGCGGCCGACUUCUCGGCACAGGGCUCCCCGGCGGCAGCAGCUCAGAACGGGCCCGACGUGUACGUCCUGCCACUCACCGAGGUCUCCCUGCCUAUGGCCAAGCAGCCCGGGCGUUCAGGCUGGCAACCCACAUGGCAGAUGCAGGGCCCACACUCCAGAGGUUAAAGUGCAGCUGCUCAAGUCCACAGAUCUGGGCCGGCACAGCCUCCUGUACCUGGAGGAGAUUGGCCACGGCUGGUUUGGGAAGGUAUUCCUCGGGGAGGUGAACUCGGGCAUCAGCAGCACCCAGGUGGUGGUGAAGGAGCUGAAGGCGAGCGCCAGCGUGCAGGAGCAGAUGCAGUUCCUGGAGGAGGCGCAGCCCUACAGGGCCCUGCAGCACAGCAACCUGCUCCAGUGCCUGGCCCAGUGCGCCGAGGUGACGCCCUACCUGUUGGUGAUGGAGUUCUGCCCGAUGGGGGACCUCAAGGGCUACCUGCGGAGCUGUCGGGUGGCAGAGUCCAUGGCGCCCGACCCUCUGACCCUGCAGCGCAUGGCCUGUGAGGUGGCCUGUGGCGUUCUGCACCUGCAUCGCAACAACUAUGUGCACAGUGACCUGGCCCUGAGGAACUGCCUGCUCACAGCCGACCUGACGGUGAAGAUCGGCGACUAUGGCCUGUCUCACGGCAAAUACAGGGAGGACUACUUUGUGACGGCUGACCAGCUGUGGGUGCCACUGCGCUGGAUCGCGCCUGAGCUGGUGGACGAGGUGCACUGCAAUCUGCUGGUGGUGGACCAGACCAAGGCCAGCAACGUGUGGUCCCUGGGCGUGACCAUCUGGGAGCUCUUUGAGCUGGGAGCGCAGCCCUAUCCCCACCACUCCGACCGGCAGGUGCUGGCCUAUGCUGUCCGGGAGCAGCAGCUCAAGCUGCCCAAGCCCCAGCUGCAGCUGACCCUCUCUGACCGCUGGUAUGAGGUGAUGCAGUUCUGCUGGCUGCAGCCUGAGCAGCGGCCGACGGCCGAGGAGGUGCACCUGCUGCUGUCCUACCUGUGUGCCAAGGGUGCCACCGAGGCGGAGGAGGAGUUUGAGCGGCGCUGGCGCUCACUGCGGCCUGGCGGGGGCGGCGCGGGCCCCGGGCUGGGGGCGGCAGGCCUGGCACUGGGGGGCACGGGCGAGCUUGCGGCCACCUCAUCCUUCCCACUGCUGGAGCAGUUUGCUGGCGACAGCUUCCACACGGAUGGUGACGACGUGCUGACGGUGACCGAGACGAGCCGUGGCCUCAACUUCGAGUACAAGUGGGAAGCCGGCCGCGGCUCCGAGGCCUUCCCGCCGCCUGAGGGCGCACUGAGUCCGGGCCGAGACGCACGUCUGCAGGAGCUCUGCAUCCCUGACGGCGCUCCCCCAGGCGUGGUGCCGGUGCUCAGCGCUCACAGCCCCUCGGUGGGCAGCGAGUACUUCAUCCGCCUGGAAGACCCCGCGCCUGCCGCAGGCCACGACCCCGACUGCGCCGGCUGUGCCCCCAGCACCCUCGCCGCCACCCUGCGCCCCGACGGCAGUGACCACGACGAUGACUCUGACGGCAGCGAGGCCGCCUCGCUGGUCAUGGAGCCACUGCUGGGCCACGCGCUGCCCGCUGAUGGCCCCUGGGGCCACUUCGACUACUACCCAUGCAGGAGCCAUGCCCGUGACCUGCCUUGCACCUCACGCUCACCCUCACCCUCACCGGAGACCCCAAUGCUGGCGGAGCCCAGAGGAGAGGAUAUUGACUGGGGCGUGGGGGCAUUCUGCCCGCCCUUCUUUGAGGACCCGCUGGGCACAUCCCCCUCCGGGAGCUCUGGGACCCGACCGUCCCCAGGUGGGGAAGAGCUGGGGGAGGCUGAGAUGCCCAGGGCUGCCCAGCACAGACACUGGAGCUCCAAUGUAUCUGCCAACAACAACAGCGGCAGCCGAGCGCCAGAAUUCUGGGUCCUGGGCCUCUCAGGCUACACGGACUGCUGCCCUGGUGUGAAGCAGGCCCUACAGACCGUCCCUGAGCUGGGCCAUCCUCUGAUCCCAGAGGACCGUAGAGAGCCUCUCCUUGGGCCAAAGGGGGCCUCCUCUGGUAAGAAGCUGGGCCGCUGCCUUGGCCUCCCCCAUCUGUAUCCUGCUGAGGGCCUGACACCUGCCCCGUGCCUGGUCACAUUCCCCUGGAUAGAGGCAGCCAGAAGUGGGGGUGACAGCCCCCAGGCAGAGCCCAGGCUUGCAGAGGAGGCCGAGGGCUCUGCUGGACUCCAGCUGCCCCUUCCCUCCAUCCCAUCCCCAUCCCAAGAGGGAGCCCUACUUCCUGCCGAGGAGGCCAGCACCCCGCCCACCCUGCCUGCCUCACCCAUGCCCACUGGCAGCCCACAGCCUGCCACCGAGCCAGUCCAGGCCCUGGACAGCGACAGUGGCAGCAGCUUCCCUGAGCUGGAGGCACCAGGCAGUGAAGACGAGGACACGACUGAGGCCACUUCUGGUGUCUUCACUGACUUGUCCAGCGAUGGCCCACAGGCUGAGAAACCAGAUGUGACACCAGCCUUCCGCUCCCUACAGAAGCAGGUGGGGACCCCCGACUCCCUGGACUCCCUGGACAUCCCAUCCUCAGCCAGUGAUGGCGGCUCUGAGGUCUUCAGCCCAUUAGCUGUUGGCACCCCUGGCGGGCAGCCCCGAGCCCUGGACAGCGGCUAUGACACGGAGAACUACGAGUCCCCUGAGUUUGUACUCAAGGAGGCGCAUGAGCCCUGUGAGCCUGAGGCCUUUGAGGAGUUGGCCUCAGAGGGUGAGAGCCCCGGGCCAGAGACUCGUCUUUCCGCCUCCCUGGGUGGCCUCAGCGAGAAGAAUCCCUAUCGCGACUCUGCCUACUUCUCAGACCUGGACACGGAGCCAGAGCCCCCCUUGGGCCCCAAGGAGACGCAAGGAGGUGUCCCAGUCCCUGGGCCAGAGCCCGAUCUGGAGAGCCCGAAGAGCCCCAGGCUGCCGUCUGCACAGCCCUCCCCUGAGUUGGGGAUGCUUGGGGAGGCACAGGGCUCUGGCCCCAGGGAGGUGCCGCCACUGCCACUGCCUGAGGACUCUUCCCCAGAGCCAACCGCCUGCCCCAGGGGCCCCAGGCUGGAGCCUCCCUGGCCCCAAGACCCAGCCCAGGUGCCACCCAUGCCCAGCCCCGGGCGCUCUAAGAUUUUCCUGCUGACUCCGGUGCGGCCCAGCUCAGGAAGCCACCGCCCCGAGCUCCAGGAGACCCUGGCACUGCUGUCAGGGUCGGGCCUGCAGGAACGGACAGGGGGCCCAGGUGCCCCCAGAACCCCACUCUGCCUGGCCCUGCCGGCAGUCCCCGCGGCGCCAGAGGCGCGGCCGGAGGAGGAAGAGGAGGACAGCGAAGACAGCGACGAGUCGGACGAGGAGCUCCGCUGCUACAGCAUCCAGGAGCCGAGCGAGGAGAGCGAAGAGGAGGCGCCGCCUGUGCCAGUGGUGGUGGCGGAGAGCCAGAGUGCGCGCAACCUGCGCAGCCUGCUUAAGAUGCCCAACCUGCUGUCUGAGGCCUUCUGCGAGGACCUGGAGCGCAAGAAGAAAGCCGUGUCCUUCUUCGACGACGUCACCGUCUACCUCUUCGACCAGGAAAGCCCCACCCGGGAGCUCGGGGAGCCCUUCCCCGGCGCCAAGGAGUCGUCCCCCACGUUCCCGGCGGGCAGCCCGGGCUCCCCCAGCACCCCAGGCCGGCAUCGGCGGGCUGACUGCUCCCCCGACAGCCCCGCGGCCGAAGAGGGCGGAGGGUUCGAGUGGGACGAUGGCCUCCCGCUGACGCCGGCCCAGGAGCCAGUCCCGCGCGUCCCUGCUGCGCCCCCCAAGCCCGCCAAGCCCAGCCCCUUCUCUCGCUUCACUGUCUCACCAGCGCCUGCGUCCCGCUUCUCCAUCACGCACGUCUCCGACUCGGACUCCGGGUCCGUGGGAGGUGAGGUUGCGGUGGGGCUGGCGGGAGGGGAUACCGAGUCAGGACAGUGGUGAGGGCGGCCGGGAAGGGUACCUGCUGGGCGCGAGGCCCUGCGCUCGUUACUUCUCGUUUUCUGGACAAGCUCAGUUUUCAGACGGGGAAACUGAGGCUCGGAGAGGUCAGGUCACACCAGGCCUGUUUGUUGUGGCCACCUUGGCACGUUUCCUCACCGCCCUGAGGAGAUGCAGUGCCCCAGACAAAGCUGGCUCAGCACCCUCAGGAUGUAAGCUGGAUGCCCACUCCCCGCGCCCCGCCCCCCCACUCUUUUCUCCCUCUUACGAAGGCACCAGGCUGGACACUGAGUGCCCCCCACCCUGCUCUCUGACCUGCAGCAGCCUCUCCUGCCAGAACCUUCCCAGCCCCUGCUGGUCUGCCUCAUCCACCACCCCCCAUCUCAGAUCUAAUGGCUUGUCCAGAGAUGGUGGUGGUGGUUCAGGUGCCUAGGUGGGGCCCUACUCAGGGGCCUGAGCUCACCCCUCCCUCCAAGCUCCACUCCUGUCAGCCUCAGACCAGGUGGGCUCAUACCUGUCCAGUUGCCACCACCCAAUUCUGGUAGGCUUCCCUGAAAGCUCACUUCCACUAAGAUGCCCCUAGUUAUCUUGUCCCCCAGGCAGACACAGCCCCUCCCUUGCUGCCCUUGGCCUGAGGCUGCAGCCUCUAGGGAAGGACCUGCUGGCCUGUUUGUGUCACACAGUGUGCCCUUAAUGGAUGGCUGAACAAGCAAGGAGGUCACCAGGAGGCGAGUAUGUGACCCUGGCCAGCCCAGUCCUGUUCGGGUCUCAGUUUCCCCACCUGUAAAAAGAGGACUCAAGAGGGCUGAUGCUGAGCUUUGUUGGGCCCGGUCCCUGGUGAUGGGGUGGGAAGGAUAGUCGUCUGGCUCCUACCUAGAUAGGCGGGCAGGCCUGCUGCAGCCCCAGCUGCUCAGUGGCCCCUAAGCCAGGGAUUGAGGCCAGGUGAAAGUCCUGGGGGAGGGGACUCUGGCUGUCCUUGGAGGGGAGGGUGCUCUCAGGAGUCCCUGUGUCCCCAGUGUCUCCCUAAACAUGUUUGCCAGGUCCUACAGCAGGUGCUGGGGGCAGCUGUAAAGAGGCCUGAGCCCCAGGCAGCCCCUGCUUGGAGCCCCUGCCGGUUCUCUUCCCGGCAGCAGCGAGGAUGGUGACCGAGAGUGGUGGGGACUUUCAUCCUGGCAGUGGUCAGCAGCAGCUUCCAAGUGCUUCGGUGCCCCAUGCAGCACCCUGGAAGAGCAGGGCAGGACGAGAGGCCCCUCUCUGGCGCUGGACAUUAGAGCAUCUGUGCACACCAGCCCCGUGCUGCCCUGGGGGCAGGAUUUGUCCUGGACACUUGGGUUUGCUGCUAGGCCCUAGGGAUGCCCUACAGCCGCCCCUCACCCUGAAGCUGCCCCCCCCCCGGCCCCCGCUGUCAAGACUGCUUGGCCUCUGAGGCCAGGGGCCCUCGCAUGCCCUGCCCACAGGUUCCUGUGGUGUGUUGCAGGCUGCUGUGUCCUCACCCCAGGUGAGAGGGCAGGUACAGGCCUGCUAGGACGGCCUCUCCCUGCCCCCUUUGCCCCUUCUGCCGGUUCAGGGUUUGCUCAGUGCAAGAAGAGGACACCGGGCUUGUGUGUCCCCGCUCCAAGUGUGUGGCUGUUUCCCCUUCACUGAAUCAGUUAGACCGUAAGCUCUCCCUCCCCACAGGGUCUGGGCCGGCUCCUGCCUGGGUCCCACUGGAGCCCUGCGAAGGGGACUGAGGUGGGCAGCCCGAAAGAUGGGGGGCUUUCAGGUCGCAGUCCUGCUGCUUCAGCUCCUGUCUAGAGGUGCCUGUGGCUCCCCUCUGCAAGGUAGUGCCCAGCCCAGCCCAGCUGCCAAAGGAAAGUGGGGGCUUCCCCCAACGGUCAGUGUCAGGGGGUUCCUACCGCAGGGAUGGAGACAGUGGGAAGGGGUGGAGCUGGGAG